AGCUGAUUUGUCGCGGCCGGCUGCGAAAGUCGACUUUUUCGACAUCACGUUCCAAUAAACCGGACCCGCCAACUCGGGCUACAAUGUCGUGAGCGCGGCGCCGGCCCUCGCUCUGUAUUGCAGAAUGCUCAUUUUGAUCCGCCGAUGUCCCGGAGGAGAUGCGCCCGCUGCGAGCUUUGCCCGUCUUGCGCGAUACAGCGCCUCCGGUCGGCCAUGGCGGCGUCCCGCUGCAGUCCCGCCGCGACGGUGGAAGUCGACGAGUGUAGCUGACAGGAACCUCUCGGUACCCUGCGCGGCUCGCUUGAACGAAAUCGGCGUUCAGCAGUUGAGCGACCGCAUCUACCAGCAGCUGUUCCCCAAUGGCAACACCUCCCCGCCCCCGCCGGAGCUUGUCGAGCUCGCGCGCGAUCACCUGCGCCGCCACGACCUGCUCGGCAAAACUACCGACAACACGCCUCCCAUUGCCUUCGAUCUCCCGCCGUUGGCAGGCGAGAGCAAAACCCUCGACGAACACUUUCACAGGCUGGGUGUCGAUGCCGCCGAACCGUUCCUGACGCAUGCGAAGCAAUUAGCCCGGUCAAUUCUGCCAGAGAAACCGAGGAAUUGGGUGCGCCAGAGCGGAUGGACGAAAUACCAUCCCGACGGGCGCACUGAGCACGGCGUUGCGCCUGAAGGGAACAUGCUUGUCUUCGACACCGAGGUUAUGUGGAAGGAGAACCCGUUUGCCGUCAUGGCAUGUGCUGCCACCCCUGACGCCUGGUAUGUGUGGUUGUCGCCAUGGCUGCUGGGAGAGACGGAGAACUACCGUCAGCUGGUCCCGCUUGGAGACCCGAAAAAAGAAAGGGUCAUUGUGGGACACAACGUUGGGUAUGAUCGGGCCAGGAUAUUGGAGGAAUACGAUCUUCGACAGACGCGAAACUCUUUUCUUGAUACAAUGUCCCUGCACGUCGCUGUCAAUGGCAUGUGCUCGCAGCAGCGGCCCACUUGGAUGAAGCACAAGAAGAACCGAGAGCUGCGGGACAAGAUCGCCAAGGACUCUAGCAGCGUCCAGCUGACCGAGCUGCUGAACAACCGCGCUUUCACGGCAGAAGAGGAAGAACUGUGGGUGGAGCGGAGUUCGAUCAACUCUCUUCGCGACGUGGCUAAGUUCCAUCUCAACAUAUCCAUCGACAAGGAGCUUCGAAAUGCUUUCGGAGAACUGGACCGGGAAGGGGUGCUGGAAAAGCUGGAUGAGCUACUGACGUACUGCGCGGCAGAUGUCGUGGUCACGCACCGUGUCUACCAGAUCGUGUUUCCCAACUUCCUCCGUGUCUGCCCUCAUCCUGUCAGCUUUGCCGCGCUGCGUCACCUCUCGUCUGUGAUCUUGCCCGUCAACAAGUCGUGGGACUCUUACCUCGCGAAUGCGGAAGCCACGUACCUCAAACUCUCUCAUGCCGUUCAGGAGCGCCUGAUAUUACUGGCCGAAAAGGCUCUGGAAAUCAAGGACGACCCUGAGAAAUGGCGCAAUGAUCCCUGGAUGAAGCAACUGGACUGGUCUGGGCAGGAUAUCAGGAUGGUGAAGGGGAAGAAGAAAGGUGACCCACCUCGGCCGGCGGCGAGACAGAAGAAGCCGGGAAUGCCCAAGUGGUACAAGGAUCUGUUUCCAAAGAGCGACGCCCCCAUCAACCUCAGCGUCCGCACGAGGAUAGCACCGCUGCUCCUUCGCUUGUCUUGGGACGGCCACCCGCUUUUCUGGUCUGACAAGCACGGCUGGACUUUCCAGGUGCCGCGGGCUGAGGCGUCGAAGUACACGGAACGGCAGAUGGUGGCGUGCGAUUUCUCCGAGGAGCCCAUUGCGGCACUGAAAGAAGACAGAGAAAACUCGUACUUCAGGCUGCCGCAUAAGGACGGACCGACAGCACGGUGUGCCACCCCGAUGGCUAAAGGGUAUCUCUCCUACUUUGAGAAGGGGACGCUUACAUCUGAAUACCCUUAUGCGAAGGAAGCGCUGGAAAUGAACGCCUCCUGCUCGUACUGGAUCAGUGCGCGUGAAAGAAUAAGGUCCCAGCUAGUAGUCUACCAAGAUGACCUACCGGAAACCGCCACUGCACAACCUUCUCCAUCGGAUGGCGAGCCGAAUGCAGAUGCGCCGCCCGUCGGUGGCUUUAUCUUGCCCCAGAUCAUUCCCAUGGGGACAAUCACCCGCCGCGCCGUUGAGAACACAUGGCUCACGGCAUCUAACGCCAAGAAGAACCGCGUCGGCUCCGAGCUCAAAGCCAUGGUCCGCGCUCCGCCGGGUUAUGUCUUUGUUGGCGCCGACGUCGACUCGGAGGAACUAUGGAUCGCUUCGGUGGUUGGCGAUGCUACUUUCAAGAUCCACGGCGGCAAUGCCAUUGGUUUCAUGACACUCGAGGGCACCAAAGCUGCGGGGACGGACCUUCACAGUCGAACGGCGUCGAUCCUGGGCAUCACCCGGAACGAUGCCAAGGUGUUCAACUACGGCCGCAUCUACGGCGCCGGUCUCAAGUUCGCCGGCCAGCUACUCCGACAAUUCAACCCGAGCCUCAGCGAGCAGGAGACUCUCAGUAUAGCUACCAAACUCUACGCCGCGACCAAGGGUACCAAGACAAACAGCAAGACCCUCUAUAAACGGCCUUUCUGGCGGGGCGGCACUGAGUCGUUCGUCUUCAACAAACUGGAAGAGUUUGCCGAACAGGAACGGCCACGGACGCCGGUCCUUGGCGCGGGCAUCACCGAGGCCCUCCAGUCCAGCUUCAUCAGCAAAGGCGGCUAUCUGACUUCGCGCAUCAACUGGGCCAUCCAAUCCAGUGGCGUCGAUUACCUCCAUCUACUCAUUGUCGCUAUGGACUACCUCAUCCGGCGCUUCAAUCUUGCUGCCCGCCUCGCUCUGACCGUGCACGACGAGAUCCGGUACCUCGUGCAGGACCACGACAAGUACCGCGCCGCCAUGGCGCUGCAGGUCGCCAACCUCUGGACGCGCGCCAUGUUCGCCCAGCAGGUGGGCAUCCACGACCUCCCGCAGAGCUGCGCCUUCUUCUCCGCCGUUGACAUCGACCGGGUCCUCCGCAAGGAAGUCGACAUGGACUGUGUCACGCCCUCGAACCCGGUCCCGAUCCCACCGGGUGAAAGCAUUGACAUCCACGCUCUGCUCGCGAAGGGCGAUGCCGCCCGCCUAGACGAGUCCAUUGUUCCCAACCCAGACUACGCCCCUAAGCUGGAUAACAUCCCAUACACCCCCCGCAAACCGGUCAUGCAAGAACUCCGCGAAGCCGAAUGCUCGGACCCAACCGCCGAGCUGCGCUUCAUCCGCGCACAGAUAUGCAACGACGAAAACGAAUUCAGAGAGAUCAUCAAAGAAACAAGAAUCAAACCGCCUCCCCCUCGCUCUCCCUCAUCAUCAACCGCCACCUCUAAAACGCAAUACACAAAGAUCUCGCCACCAUCGAGAACGACGACGAACAUCAAAAAGCCAAUGACGCCGUACUAUGCCUCACCCAGGCUGGUACCAGUCCAGAAAGAGCCGAUGUCAGUGACCGAGGCGCUCGGCGCCGGCCGCUUUAAGAACUUUGACCGGGGGAAGUGGGAUUGGAGAUCCGGCAGCGGUAACGGCAGGCUGAACGGGGCGGCCGGGAAGCUGCCUACGAGACUGUAAACCUUUUCUUAUGUCUGUUAUGCGUAGUAUCGUACGCAUGUGGCCUCGGACACAGUAACGAUGUGAUGCUGUGUACUGUGUGCCUGGCGAGGGCUGGGGUUAUACGGGGCGAGUACAUAUACAUAUACAUGAUGUGUAUGCGCAGCGGGUCGGUUCGAAUUAGGCUGGCCGGAAUCCAUGCACUUAGGUUAACAGCACGGAGGGAGGGAGGACAUGCCAUUGGAUUGGAUGGGAUGGGUGGGCGAUGGAUGUUACUCGGGGUUGGGAUUCUAAAAGCUUCAGAUGUACAUACCUUACAUCUUGUCUCAUAUGUUACUGUAUUAUACAUUGUACUUGUACC